UGGGCUUCUCCUGCGCGCCGCCCUGUGUCUGGCCGAGUCCAGGGAGCCGCGGCGCCUCGUUCCUGGGAGCCAUCGCUGCAGCCCAGGGCCGGGUCCCGGGUCGGGGGCUGAAAGGGGAGCGACGACGGCAGCGGCAGCCGGAGCCCCACCGAGGGGGCUGGGACUGGGGAACUGCCUCCGGCUUCACGGUCAGUCGGAUGCCAGUAUGGACAGAAUAGUUUAUGAUGCUUAUCCCCGCCCACCACUUCCGAGACAUUGAGCGGAAGCCGCAGUACCUCCAGCCGGAGAAGUGCAUCCCGCCUCCCCACCCCCGUCCCGCGGGAGCCAUGUGGUUCAUCCGCGACGGCUGCGGCAUCGCCUGUGCCAUCGUCACCUGGUUCCUGGUCCUCUACGCAGAGUUCGUGGUCCUCUUCGUCAUGCUGAUCCCGUCCCGGGACUACGUGUACAGCGUCAUCAACGGGCUCGUGUUCAACCUGCUGGCCUUCCUGGCCCUGGCUUCCCACUGCCGGGCCAUGCUGACGGACCCCGGGGCAGUCCCCAAAGGAAAUGCCACUAAGGAAUUCAUCGAGAGUUUGCAGCUGAAGCCCGGGCAGGUGGUGUACAAAUGCCCCAAGUGCUGCAGCAUCAAGCCUGACCGAGCCCACCACUGCAGCGUCUGCAAGCGGUGCAUUCGGAAAAUGGACCACCACUGUCCCUGGGUCAAUAACUGUGUCGGCGAGAACAACCAGAAGUACUUCGUCCUGUUUACAAUGUACAUAGCUCUCAUUUCCUUGCACGCCCUCAUCAUGGUGGGAUUCCACUUCCUGCACUGCUUUGAAGAAGACUGGACAAAGUGCAGCUCCUUCUCGCCGCCCACCACGGUGAUCCUCCUCAUCCUGCUCUGCUUCGAGGGGCUGCUCUUCCUCAUUUUCACGUCCGUCAUGUUCGGGACCCAGGUGCACUCCAUCUGCACGGAUGAGACGGGAAUAGAACAAUUGAAAAAGGAAGAGAGAAGAUGGGCUAAAAAAACAAAAUGGAUGAACAUGAAAGCCGUUUUUGGCCACCCCUUCUCUCUAGGCUGGGCUAGCCCCUUUGCCACGCCAGACCAAGGGAAGGCAGACCCGUACCAGUAUGUGGUCUGAAGGACCCUGAGCAGCAUUGCCACUCAGACACAAACCGCAUCCCAGCACCACCGUCCGAUCCGUUCUCAUGAAUGUCUAAACCGAAAAAGCAACACAACUACUCUGAAACUUUUUUUUUAAUGUCUCAAGUAAAAUGGCUGAACAUUGCAGAGAAAAAAAAAAACUCCUCAUGGUUUUUAUUUUUGAAAAGAUCAUCCUUUCUAUUUUUCGGUGACCGACGCUGCUUUCCUUUUUUCCCCUAUUUAAAAUCACUUCUCUGGCCUCUGGUUUCCUCUUUGCUGUCUGUCUGGCAUGACUAACGUGGAGGCCACUGUCUCCAGGCCACGCCCCCUUGUACUAACUGAGUCGUGACGCUUGUGCGUGGACGGACCAGCCCAGACGCCUGGUCGGGGACCCAUAGGAGAGAGCCAAGAGGGCCUGUGACCUCCCACUGCCCAGGAGGCAGUGGCAGGUGCCUGGAUGGGACUUAAAACCUCGCUGAAGAUGGAUGUUCACCCCUUGUGGCCUGGGAGGCCCGAGAUCAGGGCUGGAGCCCUAAGAAGGGCCCUUGACCACAGCAGCCUCGUGCCCCGUGUGAACACGAUUUGCCUCUGAAUUCACAGAAUCAGUUGCCUGCCUUGUACUUUGUGGGCUCUGGGUGCGUAGAAUGAUUUUGGGGGUUGGGGGGGAUGGAGAUGAAAGGGGUUUUAUUUGUAUUCCAAAUCACUGGUUAUAUUCCAACUGAUCAUUUGGAAGAAUGUGAAGGAAAGAAGUUUUUCCAGUUCAAAAUGCCUUACACAAUCACGAGAAGAAAACGACGCGGCUUCAGGCGAGCUAUACGUUUCCUUUAUUCCCUCUGCUUCCCGUCUGGGCGUCCCACCUCCCUCACUCUCCGAGCGUCCCACCUCCCUCGCUCUCCUAGUGCGGUGUCCGUUCAGCAGUGUUACUGCCAAGUGAACCAGCCACAGCCCCACCGUCGACCCCCUCCUUCCUCAUUUUUGUAGAUCUCCGCUGUCGGUUUACUUUCGGAUGUUUUAGACCCAUAAAUGUGCACGUCUCCAUGUCUUGUCUGUAUUUUAACCUGGGAGUCCGUGGACCUGCGUGGGCUGCCUGUGAUGCAAAGGCACCAUCGCCAAGUUGAGAGACACCCACCCAUCCAGUGGAACCGGCAGAUUCCUAAGCCUGCGGCGCCGAGACUGACUAGUGUUUCCAUUUGCACACUUGUGUGUUGAGUCUAAUUCGAAGGAGGAAAGGCCUGAAGACCGUGAGGGGAGGGGAGGGGAUGGGAAACACGCAUUAAAUGCGGAAGCCACAGAAAUCUGACUGCCGACUGUCUCACACAGGGAAUUGUUUUUAAAUAAUCACCACAAACAUUUUUUUUUUUUUUUUAAUCUGCUUGGGGUGGGUUUUAGGGUGAGGUUCACGAAAUCAGCCCGGGGUGGGGAGAGAUUUCGUCUAUCUGUGUGAUCUUUCAGAAAAGCAAGUGGAACAUGCUGCCUCUUUUCAAUUCUGUCAGUGCUUCCACAUGGAAACCAAAUGCAAUAAAAUUUUUC